AUUCUUGUUUAAUAAAUUAGGUUAUUAAAAAACUGCAGAUUCUUUAAUAAUAUUAAAGGCAGCGUACAAACAUAUAACUGAAUUAUGCCGGCCCGAGUGUUUUGGAUCUCCUGAUCUUAAAACAAAUUUGUCGCAUUUAUCGCCAAUUUCGUUAAAAUCCAUGGAUUGCAGAUGCCUUUAAACUUGGAUCGCUCGAGCAACUGAGUUGAUCAAAGCCUCCUUUUUGCAGAGUUGAAGAGGGUCCGAAAAGCUGCUGGAAGGCAGAAGAGGAUUUUUAGAAGUUUCUAGAAGGCCAGGGGCAGGUUCCCAGAAGUUUCUAGAAGAUAUUUGAAGGUUAAGGAGAGGUUUCCAGAGCUAGGGGAAGAACACAUGUCGUCCACGGUAACUUCACAGUGGCGUGAAAAGGCUACGGGAUUCUUUUCAUCAUCCAGUAUCAAGCUAAAACAGGCAAGCCAUACAGCAGGAGCAUUUGUAGAAGAGGUUGCAAAGGAUGCAGGAUCUAGUGUUGCAGAAGCAGCUGAGCGUGCUGGAACUGCAGUAAGAACACGAUGGACACUUCUUCAGCAAACAAGACAGCAGCAACCAUCACCAUUGUCACGUGAUUCCGUGCAGGAUCGUAUUCUUUCUGCUGCUGCUUCAACAAGUGUACUGUUGAAGAGGAGCUUAUCAGAAACAAAGGAAAAGGUUGCUUCUGGAAGAGUUGUUGUGGGAGAGGCAGCCAAGAAAACUGCACAGCGAAGCAAGACAAUACUAAGCAACAUUGAGAGAUGGCAAAAGGGAGUAGCACACAAUGAUGUUUUUGGAGUGCCAAUUGAGAUUGUUGUACAAAGACAGAAUUCUUCAAGGCAUAUUCCUCAGUUAUUGAUAAAAUGUGGCGAUUACAUUGUGCAAUCAGGACUAAAUGCAGAGUAUAUAUUCAGGACCGAAGGAGAUAUAAAAGUUGUUCAAGGUCUGAUUUCUUUGUAUAAUGAAGAUGGGAAUGCCUCAUUGCCUGAGGGCACGAGUCCUAUUGAUGCAGCAGCUUUAGUGAAAAUUUAUCUUCUUAGUCUUCCUGAGCCAAUUAUUCCAUUUGACCUAUAUGAUGACAUCAAAGAUGCUAGAGGGAACACAAGACAGCUUGGAAUAAUAUUGAAAAGGCUUCCUCAUGUGAACCAUUCAACCCUUGAGUUUGUAACCGCUCUUCUUCUUCGGGUCAGCCAAAAAUGUGGCCUCAAUAAUAUGGAUGCUCACAGUCUUGCAGUUGAAAUGGCUCCAACACUGUUAUGCCGAAGGGAUGAAAGGAAAUAUAAUUUUCAGCGACGGCAACUCCCUUUAUGGCAUUCAAGCAGGAUUUUUGGGCCAAGAUCUUCACCACGGGCUUCAGACAGAAGUUCAGAUGGCACUUGGACUGGUGAACGUGGUUUUGAUGACUUGCAUGACCACUCAGAUGAUGGCGACAGCUCAAAUGGAGGGUUGGAUGCUGCAUCGCAGAUUCCUCUAGAUGAUGGCAUUCCACCCGUUGAUUAUGCUAGUGUGGAGGUUGUACAAUGUUUGAUUGAACAGCAUAAUACAAUUUUUACAGAUGAAAGUGUCACCAUCUGGUAAUAAGUAUUCAUUGCUUUUUAAGUCUUCCUUGGAUUGAUCUUACAAUUCUAUGAUUAGAUAUUUAGCAUGGGCCUUUAUUUGGCAGUUGUGCUACUUAUUGCUAGAUUAUUCCUUGGAUCCCAUAUUCAUGUGUGAUUUGUUGCUCCAUUCCUGAUAUUUUUAUGCUGUAGCAGUAAUUGUUCGAGUAGAUAAAAUAUAAAUAAAUAUUAUGUUGUUCUUUGUA